AUGUUUUUAGUACUUAGCGAGUUUCUGCUCGAAGGCGACUCAGUGAAUGUCACUGAUAUUAAACAAAUUAUUUUAUUACAUUCAAACCAAUUACCAAUUGCAUUAAAUAGUUAUUUCCCAAAAAAAGACAUUCCUGAUGAUUUUCAACGGAUUAGAAAUCCUUUCACUGUUUCAAUUGGAGAGUUGAACUUUAAUAAGCUUUUUGAAACUCAGAUUAUCGAACUUUCUUGUGAUAAAACUUAUGAAAAUAAAUAUUGA